AUGGCCGUUUUUUCUCCGAUUUCUCAAUUUUUGACUGAUUACGUUGUUCAUCGUUUUAGACAGUCAAAACUCUCUCAGGAGCAGCUCGCCGAGCUCCAAAAGUCAACUCACUUCGAUAAGAAGGAGCUUCAGCAAUGGUACAAAGGUUUCUUGAAGGACUGCCCGUCGGGCAUGCUCUCCAAAGAGGAGUUUCAAAAGAUCUACCGCCAGUUCUUCCCAUUCGGGGACCCGAGUUCGUUUGCAGAUUACGUAUUCAAUGUGUUCGAUAGCGACAAGUCUGGUAGUAUCGACUUUAAGGAAUUCAUCUGCGCCCUGAGUGUUACCAGCAGGGGUAAGAUGGAGGACAAGCUGGAUUGGGCGUUUCAGCUGUACGACAUUGACGGCGACGGCAAAAUCAGUUAUGACGAGAUGCUUCAGAUUGUAGAGGCAAUUUACAAGAUGGUCGGCUCCAUGGUCAAACUCCCCGAAGACGAAGAUACGCCCGAGAAGCGAGUACGGAAAAUCUUCGCCAUGAUGGACAAGGAUGAGAACGGCAGCCUGGACAUGGAAGAGUUCAAGGAGGGAAGCAAACGGGAUGAGACGAUUGUUUCGGCGUUGUCUUUAUACGACGGGCUUGUGUAG